AUGAGCUCCGGGGAGGGUCCUUCUCAACCUUCUUCCAAAAAAUCCAAGCAGCCCAAAUAUUCCAGGUUUACACAACAGGAGCUUCCAGCUUGCAAGCCAAUCUUAACUCCUGGACUGGUUGUUACGAUUUUUAUUGUUGUAGGAGUUGUAUUCAUACCAAUUGGCCUUGCCUCAUUAUCUGCAUCGGAGAGGGUUGUUGAAAUCGUGGACCGCUAUGAUGAGGAUUGUGUUCCUGCUGGUCAAGAGAAGACUGCAUUCAUUCAGAACCCUGCGACCAACAAAACUUGCACCAGGAAUUUGCGAGUCCCAAAGAAAAUGAAGAAACCUAUUUACAUUUAUUAUCAACUUGAUAACUUCUAUCAGAAUCAUCGAAGAUAUGUCAAGAGUAGAAGUGACAAACAAUUACGAAGUCCAAAAGAUGAAGAUGUGACUUCAACUUGUGACCCUGAAGGGCGUACCACGGUUGGGGAUAAGCCCAUUGUGCCGUGUGGUCUUGUUGCUUGGAGCUUGUUCAAUGAUACAUAUGGGUUCUACAGUAAGAACGAGGCUGUAACAGUGAACAAGAAGGACAUUGCAUGGGGCAGCGACAAAAACUACAAAUUUGGAUCCAAUGUUUAUCCCAAGAAUUUUCAAAGUGGAGGUUUGAUUGGAGGGGGUAAAUUAGAUGAGAAGAAACCAUUGAGUGAGCAAGAGGAUCUACUGGUUUGGAUGCGCACUGCAGCAUUGCCAAGUUUCCGAAAGUUGUAUGGGAGGAUAGAACAGGAUCUUGAACCUAAUGAACAGAUAACUGUAGUGAUAGAAAACAAUUACAAUGCCUAUGCAUUUGGCGGCAAAAAGAAGCUUGUCCUCUCCACCACAACAUGGAUUGGAGGAAAGAACAGUUUUCUGGGAUUGGGAUACAUUACUGUUGGGGGUUUGUGCUUAUUCUUUGCCGCGGCUUUCAUCGUCAUGUACCUCAUCAAGCCAAGGCCUUUUGCAGAUCCAUCCUAUUUGUCAUGGAACAGAUUUCCAAAUGGAAGCUAA